GGUGAUAUAGCUCCAGAUGUCGAAUUCGAUACGUCAACAUUGAAUUCGCAAAUCACUCAACGACUGGACACAACCACAGACCGACUCAGAGUUAUAACUCAGGUUCUUGCUGAUCUAGCCGUUGAUAUCCAUGCGUUCAAAGAUCGGCAAUGCGCCAUAGUGAUCUGA